AUGGCUGCGAGCGUCGUCCUCGGAUCGCGGCAACUCCUCGCCAUCAUUGUCGCGCACCAGAGCGGGUUACCCGAGGCGAUCGCCGACAUACCGCGCCUCACGAACGCCGUCACGCUCGCCGGCUAUACCGAAAUCAAGUACCUCGUCAACAUCCCAACGCGGUUUGCCUCGCUGCCGUACCUUCAGCGGUACCGGAACCCGGCGACAAUGCUUCUGAGCCACGCCCUCUUCAUGGCGACCAACCGGCGCUCUCAGAAGGUGGACGCGGCGCUGCCCUUGCACCUCUUGGUUGUCGAAGGCAACGUAGCCGCCGUCGCGCUCUGGCUCCGACACAAGCCCGGGCUCGUGACAUCCAGGACGCUCGAGCUCGCGGCGGCCGCGUCACAAGGCGCCGUUCUGCGCUUUCUCUAUGAGCGCUACCCCGAGCUUGCGACGCCGACGAUGAUGGACCUCGUGGCCAAGGCGGGCGAUGCGACGCUGCUGCGGUGGCUGCACGACGCCGGUGUCUCGUGUACGACAGCUGCGAUGGACGGUGCAGCCAUGAACGGGCACUUGGACGCUGUCGCUUUUUUACAUGAAGCGAGAACCGAAGGCUGUACUAAGAUUGCGGCGACCGCGGCGGUGCGAAAUGGCCACGCGGCGAUCGUCCGGUUUCUCCUCGACCAUCGUACCGAAGGCAUGGAUCCAUAUCUGCGCUACUCGAUCCCAUAUAUCAAGUACCAAACGCACUCGGUCCGUGGUACGACGCACGUGGACGCGGUCGAUGCGGCCAUGGCGCGGUCCCUCCUCUCGUCCGAGGCCAUCCAAUACCUCACAAAAGAGAAACUGGGCUUUCACGAGCUGCAGUACUUUUACAGCCGCGGGUACUGCAAAAUGGCCAAGACCUUGCUCGAGUGGGCUGUGACCCGCCACGACAACGCGAUGCUAGCCUAUGUCCUGAAUGGCAUUCGCGCCGAGCACGCGCCGCCCGACAGCGACGACGAGUGGCUGCCAUCAUUUGGCGACUGGAAGAAUGGCAAAGCGAUCGACCUUGCCGCGUUUUACGGUGACGUGGCAGCUCUGGAGCUCUUGCAUGCGAGUCGGCUUCAGUGCGCAUCCGCGCGCGCCAUGGCCUUUGCGAGCUACAACGGCCAUUUGCACGUGCUCCAGUGGCUCCACACCCAUCGCCAGGAUGGCUGCUCGGAGGAUGCCUUGGCGCUGGCCGCGGCGCGCGGACAUCUGCACGUUGUGCGCUGGCUACUGGAAGUCUUUCAAGUGCCCAUGACCCAAGCCGCGCUCGCAACGGCAGCCUACGUCGGCGACUUGGCCAUUGUCACGUACCUCUCAAAGCAGCCCCACGUCAUCGAGACGAAUCGCAUCGGCGGGCUGUGUCGCUCGUUCCUUCCCGAGAACGGCGGUGCACUGGCCCGCGGCGGCGGCGACUAUUACUCCAAGUGCUGGUGUCGACUGGCCACCCUCUGUGGCCGGAAGCCAUGA